ACUCUUUCCUUAUUCGUCAUACAGCUUCUCUCCCUUCAGACACCUUUUCCUCCUGAUCUAUAUUCUGCAGCAAACCUCCACAAUUUUAACUCUUCCAUCUUUUCCCGAGAUAUGUUUUCCUGCAUUUCAAUUACCAGUGGCCUGGAGUUCGAUUUGCUCUGUAACUUUUGUUACCUUAUUUAGCCCUCGACAAACACCCACAGGGAAUAUUAGCUCAGCAGCUCAUCCGAGCUGUAAAAGUGAGGCUACGUUUGUGAUGUGCAGGAUGCCACUGCAGCACCUUCAGCAGGGCACCCUGCACAGCCCAGGUGAAUAUUUCCUGAUGCCCUAGUGCAAUAAUGACCCACCUGCCUCUGCUCCUCUCUGUCUGCAGGCACUGGGACUAACGACAGUCUCUCUGUGCUGCCUGAUGUCAGAGCUGAGAAAGGUGUCAAGGAUAUAUAAGAGGCAGAAAGGAAGAGGGAAAAGGAUUCUCCAGAGCUAGGUGCAAGCGUGGAAUUGUUGCAUGCACACUUCUUGCUAAGCCAGAGGGCUCGCUGGCUUCUCCAGUUAGAUCUGUGGCCACAAAAAGAAAGUUUGGCAGGAAAGAUGUGCAACCUAAAGCUGUCAGUUUUCUUCAUUGCACUUUCUGUCACUCUGAGCUGUUUGGAAGCUACACCUAUUGAGAGAUUGCUGUCUGUGGCUGAUGAUCUAUCUGAUGGUACUUCCAAGAGACAAGGAUGGAUGUUGCCUGUAAUGUCACAGAAUACACUCCCAGGACUUAGUGAGGAGAUGCCAGAACAACCAGCAGCAAAGACAAAAAGCCACCAUCUGGAGAAGAGGAGGUGCAACACGGCCACGUGUGUGACCCAGCGCCUGGCCGAUUUCCUGGUGCGCUCCAGCGGCAGCGCGGGUGCCCUGUACCCCCCCACCAACGUGGGCUCCAACACCUACGGCAAGAGGGACGCGCCAGGGCUGCCGGGCACACAGCCCCACAGCCACGCACUGCUCUAGGGGCUGCUGGAAUGCUCAUUUCUAAUGUGUCGGCAACCUCUUGGUGGUUUGUUACUUGUACAGUCUUAGCAGUGCCUUGUUUUCUCUGUGUGUGUGUGGUUUAUGUUCACCAUUCUGCUGUGCAGGUGCCAUGACAUGUAUAGGCUGCUCCUUCAACUCCAUUAGAGCUCCAGAAAUCUGCUUGGGAAAUCCCUUUGUAAAAAUUCACCAUGAUAAUAAAUGGAAAAGUAAUUGCAAUGAGGUUUUUUUAAUCAUUAUUAUUAUUAUUAAAAGGAUGAAAAAAUAAACCAUGAUGUGUA